AUGUCCCAGUUUGUGGUUUUGGACACUCCUGUACCGCAUGAGGAGAUGAGGCAAUUCAGCUUGGGUAGCGAGGAGAAGGGUAGGAAGAAGGUGACCACCUCCAAGAAGAAGAAGAAGGGGGAGCUGAAGACAGACCGAACAAAGUGGACAGACGAGGAGGAUGAGCUACUCGUGUCAGCAUGGUUAAACGUGAGCCAAGAUCCUAUGGUUGGAACAGAUCAGUCAAAGGAUACGUAUUGGGGUAGGAUCGCCAAGUAUUUCAACACUUAUAGGAAGCCAACCAUGAUGACUAGGUCCGAUAAGGCUUUGAUCAACCACAUAAAGCUUAUCACGGAUGCAGUUAGCAAGUUUGCGGUGCAUGUGAAGAAGGUUGAGCAGCUCAAUCCUAGCGGGACCAACGAGCGUGAUAAGGUCAUGCUUGCCGACCACCCCAAGUGGCACGCGCACGAGUCCACUAAGGCACAAAAGAUGCAAGAUGUAGUCGAUGCACAGUCCAGCCAAGCUGCGUGCAAUGAAGUGGCAAACGACGCAGCAUCAAACGCUGACCUUCCUAGGCCUAUUGGAAGGGAGGCAGCUAAAGUGGCCCGUGCUCACAAAUCACCUUCCACUACAUCUUUGGCUACCGUGUCGGGUGGGAUGUAUGAAAGGCACCUUGCUGAUCUUAGUGAAACAAAGAAGGUUAUGGUGGAGUUGAAGAAGGAGCAGAUUUUGAUCAUGCGUCUGCAGGCAUCCGUCCGAGUAAAUGAUUAG